GCAGGCUGUAGCACUGCUGCCAAGAAGGCCACCUACAUAUUUCUCUGCUGGUUUUGCCCUUCCAGGGACAGCCUCGUUUGUUAUUUGAUCCUGCAGAAGCAUUAGGACAUUGGCUCACUCUGCAGUGUCCUGAGCUCUGCAAGGAGAUGGAGCCAAGGCAGGAGGAGAUGCUGAUGGACCAGGAAUGGCCUCCAGAAAGAAGGGAAGAGAAGCGCUCUGGGGGAGAAGGUGCACCCUCAGGGAGAAAUGGUUUUGAGGAAGGAUGUGAGAGAUUAGGACAAGGGGACACUCCAAGCCAAGAGACUGCAGAGGCCACAAUACAGCUGCCCAAUAGUUUCAAAAGAGAAGGUCCUAAGGACGAGGCUCCAAAAGAACCAGGCCUGAGGCCCUCCCAAAAUUACUCAGGCCUAGACAAAGAUGGAAGUUCCAGUUCUCGAGGAGAAGAGAUGGUCAUAUUAAAAAGGCCAGUGAAGGAGGAGGAGAUGUCGCCAUCUGGAGAGAGGAAGUAUGAGGAUUCCUUGAUGGGGGAACUCUCCGAGAUGGUGCAGGAUAUGGUGAAGAAAAGCAGCUGGUGGGAGAGGCAUGGCGUCGAUGACACUAUCAUUGCUCUGAACUUUCUCAUGCUCUCAGUAGGGUUCUUGCUUCUGCGUUCAGACAGUGUUUUUUCUUUCCUGUUGGGCAUCACUGUCUUGGGUAUGGCAAAUUACACGAUAACCGUGAAGGGGAGCCACCUGGCCAGCCACAAUUGUCUGGUGGAGUCCAAGUCGUGGGGGAAGGUAUUGACCAUAUUCUUUGUAGAGGUUUGCUCAGCAUUCACAGCAGAACAGGGGUCCUACAACCAUGUGAAGAUGCACCAUGGUUACACAAAUGUCAUUGGUUUGGGGGAUUCUAGUACAUGGAAGCUUCCUUUCCUGAAUCGUUAUGUCUACAUGUUCAUUGCACCCUUAUCAGUACCUGUUAUCACCCCUUUAGUGGCAAUUGGUUUGCUUAAAGAAGUUGAAUUGAAAACAGCCAUCAGAACCCUCUGCUGCAUCUUCCUUGGCCUCUACUCCCAUUACUGGCUGCUGCUCAAUGUCUCAGGGUUCCAGUCUGUGUGGUCUGCUCUCAGCUGUAUGCUGGUCACUCGAUCUCUCCUUGCCCAUCCUUACAUCCAUGUUAACAUCUUCCAGCAUAUUGGCCUCCCAAUGUUUGCUCCCGAGAAGAAGCCAAAACGGAUUCACAUGAUGAGCUAUGGCGUUCUGAACUUGCCUCGAAAUGCCCUCUUGGACUGGACCUUUGGCCACUCGCUCAUCAGCUGCCAUGUGGAACAUCACCUCUUCCCAACACUUUCUGAUAACAUGUGCCUGAAGAUCAAGCCAGUUGUUUCUCAGUACUUAAAAGAAAAGGAACUGCCGUAUAAUGAAGAUUCUUAUCUGUCCCGUUUUAAGCUGUUUGUCAACAAAUAUGAAGAACUAAUGGUCCACGCACCACCUAUUACCGAACUUGUUGGGAUUCAGUGAGGGCAACUUUGGGGUGCAAAACAAGAAUAGCCACAAGGCAAGCCCUUGUCGUCCCAGGAUCAAGGAAUUUAGAACCCAAUUUAGGACUCGAUCCAGCAAUUAAGGAGAAAACCAGCAUGCCUUGAAUGUCUUCCAGUUGAACAAGCGGAAAUAUGAAUCUAGAAACAACCCAAUGAUAAGAAACUCCAACUGCUCCAUGACGGUUUGAAGGGCAAAUUGGUAGCUCCAAUACAAUAGCAUCAAAAGAGAAUUUCAACCGCUUGUAUAUUUUCACUGCUCUGUUUUAACUUUGCACAACAACACACUCGAUGUGUUCCUUCUGUUCUGCUACUUUGCAAUCAUGGGGAGGAAAUUAUAAGGGCUGUUUCAUAUGGGGUAUUUUUUCACAUAGGAAAACACUUGUACAGUGUAAAACAUAUAAAGAACUAUGUGGGGCUUGGUGGUUUUUCUUCCCUCCGCGCAUCAGUAGGGAAGGCUAUGGCUUACUAAUGUGAGAAUCCAUAGCAGAGGGGGGGAAAUCUCUAGAGCUCUCAUACUCUAGAAAAGAAAUGCAUCUUUGCUGCUCUCACUGCUGGGGCACAAUCUAUCGGCUUCUGUACAAAUACAAAACCACUUGAACCACAGUAAUCCGCUUGCCUCCUCCUUCUGCUUCAACUCCUCCGUAAACCAGGAGAGGAUGCUUUUGAGCCAGGGCAUCAAUGGCCCUUUGUGACCUGCUCUGCCACUGGGUCAACGAGGCCACCAACAGAGCAGUUGCCAGUGAAGACUGGAAAUGUAAUUCUAACUCCGGUUUGUGGUGGUAAGUAAAUAAAGGCUCAGAGUGGAUGGA